UUCCUCCAAUGCAGUAAGAAUAUCAUUCUCUCCAGCUGCCUCUCUAUUUCCUGAAUUUUCAUUCCUGAAUUUCCGAGUUUUCGCUGAAAAAUCCAACUUCUCUAUACGUUUUUUGAUCAAUCAAGAGAAAAUUCAAGUUGAAUUGAUUCACAGAAAAUGACCCAGAUGGCGAUUUCCCGGAAAGAACACCAAAGAGUCCGGAUUUCGGGUAUCCGACAUCGAAAUCAUGGUUUUUUCUAGUAUGAUUGAUGUUUCUGCGAUCUGGAUCAUCGUUUCCGCGUUGAAUUAUGGAUUCUGCUGAGGUCCCGAUCGGCGGGCCGCGGGGAGCCGAGCGCCUGCAAUUAGGGCCACUGAUUGAAGCGGGCGCAGCUGAAGGAAUGGCGAUGAAGACGCCCGAUAGGAGUAAGAGGGACGAGUGGAGCGAAGGUGGAGUCCUGAGCUUGUUGGAAGUGUACGAAUCGAAAUGGCUAAUCCGGAACCGGGCUAAGCUGAAAGGAAGCGAUUGGGAGGACAUCGCGCGGCGAGUCUCAGAUCGGAGUAGUGGGACUAAGGCUUUAAAGACUCCUAACCAGUGUAAGAACAAGAUAGAAUCGAUGAAGAAACGAUACAGGGCUGAGUCGCCGGGUUCUUCUUGGCAAUUCUACGCUCGUAUGGAUAGUUUGUUGAAAGGGACUUGUAAUUCUCAAGCUAAGGGUGAUGCUGGGUGUGUGAAUGGGGCAGGUGAAUCAGGCCCGCAAGCGUUGCCGAAGGUGGAAACAGGCGAUUCGGAGCAUGUUCUGAGGCAGGCACCUGACGAAUCCCGUCCUCAGGAAAUUGGGAAGAACACCCAAAUCCUUGAUGUGGCCAAUGUAGAGGUGGUGGGCCAUGCACAGGACAGCGAUCGGGAUGGUGGGUCGAACACGUUGGGCAAUGAUAGGAAGGAAAGUAAGGGUAUGGAUAGUGAUGUCAGUACGCCGAGAAGCAAGGUCCCGAAUGCCGCUGACGGGUUGGGGAAAGCCGAUCCGAUCAAGCGUAGGAAGAGGUCAGCUGGCGAUGUGGCGGAGAGUAUCAGAAUGCUGGCUAAUUCGGUAUUGAAGAUCGAGCAGACACGGAUGGAAAUGUACAAGGACAUGGAGCGGAUGAGGGCGGAGGCAGAGAUCAGGCGGGCCGAGAUGGAACUUAAGAGGACAGAAAUAAUUGCAAACACCCAAUUGCAGAUUGCUAAGCUUUUAUCCAAUAGAUCGCCGAAUCAGAGCAAUAGAAGCGGGGCUUCGUCUUUGAGAACAGAACCAAGCAUGUCACUGACUGUUCCUAUGAAUGCUGACAGAAGGAAAGGUUGAUUGAUUUCUCCAAAUGGAUCGCUUCUGGAUUGCUGAUUGGACAUCAACUUGUUGUGUCGUCACACGUGUAACAUGUAUCAAUUCAGUUUUCGAUUUUUAGUAUGUGUUUAUUGAUAAGAACAUAGUUUCUUGUAUGGUUUUAGUAGCGAUAAAACUAUCUUAGAUUGUAAUUAGCAGUCAGGUGGGCCGCAAAACAAGGAUGCACAAAGUCAAGUAGCAGGUAUUAUUAUUGCCGGACCUGCAAUCUUCCAAGGUCACUCACACUUGUGUUUGAGAGCCAGGCUGUUCACCGGGCGGGCCAAUCGUGCACGUCGAAUGUGGACCUGGUCAGUUUCUUUUAACCAUCCUUUUUUCUUUUUUUUCCCUUUUUCAUUGUGUUAAGGGAGUAAGUGUCAAACUACAGUUAUGUUACUUUGAA